AUGGCGUCCCCCCACUCCGGCAACUCCAAUCCGUUCGCCGGUCCCGAGCCCAAUGCCACCGCCGUUCGCGAUCUUGAUAUCCACACCCGUGUCCCCAUCAAGCUCGAUCAGUCCAACUCCUUGUACUACGCAUGGAAGACUUACUUCAACCUCGUCUUCCGCGAUUACCACCUCGUCGAGCACGUCGACGGGUCCGUUGAUGGCGAUCUCAUGGCGGGCUAUCCGGACUGGGCGGCCAUUGAGGCCUCCCUCAUACAGUGGUUCUACCUCACCGUCUCGCCGGACAUCUUCCACACGGUCGUCUCGGAGGAUGACGACGCGUGUGCCGUGUGGACCAAGAUCAACAACUUAUUCACCGACAAUCAGCUUCAAUGCCUUGUGUUUUUGCAGCAGGAAUUUUUCGGGUGCCACCAAGAUGACUCCUCCAUCGAUGACUACUGCAUGCGCCUCAAGCGGCUCGCUGACGAGCUCCGUGACAUAGGCGCAAAGGUGUCUGACGAGCUCAUGCUUAGCACUCUCUCCACCGGCCUCAAUGAGGACUUCGGCAACGCGGCCUCGAACCUCUCCCUGCUGUCGAACCCGACCUUCCAGUCCAUCGCCGCGUAUUUACGCUUGGAGGAACGCCGGAUGACAAAGGUCAAAGCUCGCGUUCAUCACACUGCCCUCGCCGCCGGGACGUCUCGCGGGACACCUCUGCCCGCCCCGCCUCAUCCACGUCCGCCCGUGCCACCGGGGUACUUCCCCCUCCCGCCGGCUCCGCCCGCACCACCCGCCCCUCAGCAACAGCAGCAAGGCGGUGGUGGCGGUCGCCACAACCGGCGCCGUGGGGGCGGCCGCCCCGGGCCACAACAGCAGUAG